UCUGUUUUUCUUGCCCUUCCUUCUGUUUACUCUGUGAUCAUCGAGCGUAUGCGAUCUGUCUCGUCUCAUUUUCUGACUCUUUGCGACUUGGUCACCGGAGCGAAAGACCAAGACAAAACCGCAAAGUAUCCAGGAUGGCCGAUCAGAUCCAGCAUCGUCUCCACACGGAGGCAACGGCGGCUGCCCCAGCAGACCAGCCGGGUCUCGAGGCGGUACCGAGGCGGUACUCCACAACGCCGAACCCGUACGACCCUUCCGAGUUCCAGAGCCCGCCGGGAAAGUCAACGCGGUCAACAAUGACGCAGGCCUACCACCCGAUGUAUGCUUCCGCCGUGGCGGCAGACGCACCGCCAGCAGAGCGACGGCGCGUCCUCGGUCUGACGGUCCCUGUGUUUUGGGGCUUGGUGAUUGCGCUUGUGAUGAUCCUUACUGGGGGGAUCGCCGGCGGUGUAGCCGGAGGCUUGGCAGUGCAAAAGGCUGAUGGUUCCGCGGUGUCGGUAGACCCAUCUUCAACAGCCUCAGCAACCUCAUCCACCACCCGCUCCAUCCCAACCGGCCUACGCUCCGCCCCGACGGACGGCGGCUGCCCCAGCGGCAAGCUGCCAGACUUCACGCCCACCGACGGCGCUGGCAACGAGAUACAAAUCGGCUCCGAUCUUCGGGCGCAGACAUUCCGUCAGAAGACGGGCGCGGUCAACCCAGAUCUCUACGAUAUUCUGCAGGUGUAUGUCUCGACGUUUGAAGAGUGCAUGACUCUCUGCGCGGCGCAUAAUAAAAAGUAUGAGGCAAACCUUGCCAGCGGAUAUGUCAAGGAAGGGGGGGUUUAUUGCCGCUCGGUGGUUAUGCUUAAGACGCUGGGCGGGUCUUGUUACUUGAAGAAUAAUACUGGCAAGGUAGAUACGCAGGAUCGCGCCGGGGAAUUUGUUAGUGGUGUUCUUACUACUGUGCUGUAGACGACGUAGGAGUUGGAUGCAUGUCGAUUUGAGCGUUUGGGCGAGACUUUGGAACUGGAGAAAUUUCGUGUUUGUAGACGAGUCUCUCAAGAGACAUAAUAUCGAUAGUUUGCCGCUAAUUAAUUUGGUCACCUUGUCUAAUCAUCUCCACACAUCCUGAAAUGGGAUAUCUGUCGAGGACUGAGGUCCCAAGUUUUGCGUAGGAAGAGGUCUCGGACUAAGCUCCGCGGAGACGGUGUCUUUGCGUCACUCACAUAUACACUCUCUGUCUCUCCAUGUUUCAGCAAUUAUCGUCAUGUCACGUCGCUCAAAUCAGGACGGGCAAAAGCC